AUGAUCGUUUCGGAAUACACUAAUGUCAGGUCUCCUGAAGCACCCUCAGGCUCCCUCCCACUCCACCUGGUGACGAGGAUAACGAAUUUCUUGCGACUCGUUACUUUCAUAACGCUGCUUUGGAGGAGGGAGAACUGCCAGCUUCUAGACAACAGAUCAGAAAACAGCAUGAAGAUUAGCAACCGGCAUCUAGGGUUUUUAGGGUUGAUAGUUGUUUGCAUUGCCUUGGAUGAACUACAGGGUGCCGAAGAUUUGCUUUCUCAGUGGGAGGCCGGUCGAAUUGGUGAUGGCCUUACCACUCCAAAAGUCAUGGAUGGCUCAAAUUCGAACACAGUUGCUUCCACGGCACAAGCGCCAAUCAAAGAAACUGAUUUCACACCAAAACUCGAUACUCGCCCCUCUAGCUUUCACCGUGAAGGCGAUGUGCCAAAUCUUACACCUUCGCUACUCCGGGGCAACCGAGGGGAAAAGCUACUUCGAUCCAACCUGAGAGAAAUUAACAGGGAAACGGAGCGUGUCAUGCGUUUGGGAACUCACAUUCAAACGUUAUCAAACAGAAGAAGGGCAGAAGAGAUUCGCAUAAAAGUCAACCCUUACUCCGGAUCCUCAAAUCCACCGGAAACACUUGAUCUUUUGAAGAAACUGGAAAAUAAUUACAAGCCGCCAGACCCCAUUGCCAACUUGGACGAGAUGCUGAGACGGGCUGUGUUCCAUGAUAGUACGGAUCUAGCCAAUCACCCGACGCCGGGCAACUCAGCCAACCUUGACGAGAUCCUAAGGCAGGCUGUUAGAGCAACACAACCUAAUACGACUCCGGUUCAUAUAGGGGACAAGAGAAAGUUUUCUUCGAUUGAUCCUGGUCAUCCUAAUCAAGCAAUGUUGAGAAAUUUUGGAAACCCUAUCCAAUCGCCAGUCGUCCACAAAGUGCAUCCAAUAUCAGGCGCCUCGGCCAGCCUCGAAGAAUUACUGCAACAGGCGGUAUUAUCUCGUAGCACGACUAUUCUCCCUACUCCCAAGUCGGCCAGCCUAGUCAAGCUUGAUGAGAUCCUCAUGCAGGUCGUGUCCUCACACGGAGCGACACAAUCUCACUCGACUCCUGUUCAGCGAGAAAACGAAAGUAUUGCCCUUCCGAAUUCCGGCCUUGCUGAUGUCCAUACCGAAGAUCAGAUCCAAGUUCCAGCUGUCCACGAGAGGCGAACGGACAAGACUCCCAAGAAAUCAAGCGAGACUGUAAGAGAAAGUACUAGUACUCCCAAAAAGAUCAAUACUCUUUCAAGUCAACCUUCAAGCAGUCGUAAUUCUCAGUUUUACAGGCUUGAAUUUACUCACGAGGUUCUUGGGACGAGCGACCCACUAUCCGAAGACAAAAUGGUAAUUCCAGAAAUUAGGAAGCUGAAUCCAAAGGGACUUGAUAAGAUAAAUCCAAAGAAAGUUGAUACGCAAAAUCCAGAGCAAGUUGAUAAUCCGAAUCCAAACAAGAAUAUUGAAAUCGUCAUAUAUGAAAGGAACUACAAGCGUGCUUUGAAGAUAAUGAAAAAGUGCGACAGCAUUAUGAAACUCCACACAUCAAUUGAGUUAAAGGCCAAAUACUCCAAAAAAACCCCAAGAAGAUCAUAUGUAGAAGCGUAUUAUUCAAAGCUAUGGCAAAAUUCUACUGCAUGGAUUGCCUUUUGGAAUAAAAGAACUAGUACCAUUGACUUUGAAAAGGCCAUCCCUCAGGGCCCUGAAAGGUUAAAAAAAGUAUUCUUUCUCUUCCUAUUUUAUGCUGAGAUGAUUGGCACAAUAUUUCCCAAGGUUGAAGGAAAAUCUCUGGAUGAAAAUGAUUCAACAUUUCUUGAGACUGCCAUUGAAAUAUUCCGUAUGAUCCAUAAUCCAAAUCAUGAUCCCAAAUUGAAGAUGAGCAAAGACGAAUUACUUGAAUAUCUGAUCAGAACAGAAGGAGAUGAAAUUUUGGGAACUCUUCAUGAUGAUAAUCUCACAACACUGGUUUGGAGGUGCUUGAAGAUUUGGAUUGCAAUAUGA